AUGCCAAAUAAUGUUCAACGUGUAAUUAAUAGUGGGCAUCAGAAUGUUGCUAGCACAUCUGGUACAACAAAUACACACACCAUCAAUUCCGGAGCAGCGAAUGUGGAUGCGGAAUACGGCAUUUCAUAUGUUAAGGUAGUGGCAGAAUCCGUUGGCAUAGCAGGGCUCCCUGAUGUUUGCGCAUCUCAAAUAGCCGUUCAAACGACAUAUGCGGUGAAGAUGGUAAUUGAACAAGCAAAGAAAUUCACUGUACACGGUCGUCGUAAACGUCUUACAGCUGAGGACAUCGAUUCAGCAUUUACAUUGUGUGGCUAUCCGCCUUUAUUUGGUUUCACCGUGAAAGAAGGAUUACCUUUCCGUUUUGCUGGAUCGUUGGGACGUGACUUGUUUGUUACGGACGAUCGCGAUGUAGAAAUCACACCAAUAGUUAAUGCACCUGCAGCCAAAUUACCUCUUGAAACUAGUAUUAAAUCUCAUUGGUUGGUGAUUGAUGGUGUGCAACCAGCUGUACCGGAGAAUCCAGCUCCUGUAGUAGAGGCAGAAGCACCAGUAAUGGUUGUUACCGAAAAAGCAGCAGUUGAUACGGGUCUGUCGAUAUUAUCAAAGGCACAUUGGGGUCUGCGACAAACUGAACAAGUGCAAAUUAAAACAACAUCUACACACGCUCUUUCCGUGGAGCAGCAGGUAUUCUUUAAAGAAAUCACCGAGGCUAUUAUGGGCAGUGAUGAUACAAGAAGGACGGAAGCAUUGUACAGCCUUCAAACAGAUGCGGGUUUGCAACAAUUACUGCCUAGGUUUUCGGUGGCAAUUGUUGAAGGGGUUCGAUGCAAUAUUGUGCAGCACAAUCUGGCUAUUCUAAUAUAUUUGAUGAGGAUGAUCCAGAGUUUGGCAAAUAAUCCAGCACUGUCAUUGGAACGUUGUCUACAUGAGUUGUUGCCUUCUGUACUAUCGUGCAUAUUGAGUCGGCAGUUAUGUGCUCGCCCAGAAACAGACAAUCAUUGGGCAUUGCGGGAGUUUUCCAGUCGCUUGUUAGCCAAUCUGUGCAGAUCAUACAGCAUCAGCCAUUUACGAUCACGUGUAACUCAAGUGCUUGCUCAAGUUUGGCUUGAUGAAAAUUGUACACUUGCGGCAUUGUACGGAUCACUGUAUGCUCUGAACGAGCUUGGCGUUGACACUGUACAUUCUGUGGUAAUACCCCGAGCUGCUCAGCUGCACAACGAUCUUCGGAGAAUAAUGUCGGACAAACCGAACACGGUUGACAAAUUAGCCGCCGAAAAACUUCAAAAUUUCGUCACCAAAGUAUUGGUACAUUUCGUAAAAACCCAAAAACCAACUGGACUGAAAGAAGUUGCGGACUAUCAGAACAUGUUUGGAGGAUUUGGCGAAACUGUAUACAAAGCAGUAACAAGUGAACAUGCAUCAAUAAUACCUACUAGUGCAUCAGCAAAUAACAACAAUGUACAUUCUGCUAUUCUUCACAGAUCUGGAAGUGAUCGAAGGCCGGCUGCGUCCGCUGUUAGUCAACAACAGCAGCGUUUGAUGAUAGGUACAAAGCAACCUGUGACUUCUUUGUCUAGUUCACCACUUUAUGUGGUCCGUCCACAGAGCUCGCCGGUAUCUGUUCGAAGUUCUACCCAGCAACCGUAUGUUAGCAUCAUUAGUGGUGGACGCUUGCAACAAUCAACUCCAGUACUCAGUCGUCCAGCGCAGCAGAGUACAUAUUAUGUUUCCAGUGGAACAAACUCACCAACGAAUUCCUACGUUGUCCGACCAAGUGGAUAUAAAAAAAUGAUUGUAACAAACCAGCGUGGUACUUCCAGCUCUACGAAUGACAGUUUUAGAAAUUCAUAA